AUGCCAUUCACAUGUAAUACAUGCAAUUACUCAACAAACUCCUCUUCAGAAUAUAGAGAACAUCUCAAAAGUUCUGAACAUAUCAGGAAAACUGAGGCUAAACAGAAACCAACAAGUCAAACUAUACAGCCUCCACCAACAACAACGAAUGCAUCAUUAUCUUUUAUUCAACAUAGUAAUAACAUACCCAUAUCAUCUUUAAAUAUUAAGAAUUCUGAACCUAUUAAGCAUUUAAAUAUUCAAAAACAUCCAACAAACCUUCCUCUAAACGAUCAAAUAAUUUCAAAACCAUUUCCGACUGCAAGCAAUAACAACAAUACAAAUCCUCAUCAAUAUACAAAUAGUAAUACUCAAUUAGGAUAUUCAAAUAUUCCAACUAGUAGUAAUAUUCAUUAUACACCUUUUUAUCCAACACAGAAUUAUCAUCCAGAAACAAAGCCUGUAUAUACUGAUAGUAGGAACUAUUUGAUGGGUGGAAAUACAAGGAUUCAAGAACCUUAUCAUCAUCAUCAAUCCCAUCAAUAUUAUCCUAAUGAUAGUCGAACAAAUUAUUCAAACUCUACACAUUCUACUCAUUCUACACAUUCUACAAAUUCUACAAAUUCUUAUAGUAGUCAAGAGGAUGAUCUUAUCAGUAAUUUUAAUGGUUUAAAUUUGAGUAAUAAUCCAUCAGUCUCUCAACAUUUGAAUAAUUGGUAUUGUAGCCUUUGUUCUAUUAGUUGCAAUAGUAAAGAGAAAUAUGAUGAACACGUAAGAGGAUCUAAACAUCAAAAAAAGCAGAAAACAUUCUAUCAAGAAUCAGCUUUUACACCGUAUAGCUCUUCUAAUCCAAUUCAAAAUCCAAUUCAGAGCAGUACUAGCCCUGAAGAACUACAGAGAGAACACACUCCACCUUUUUCCAAUCCACAAAUUCCUGGAAUUCAAAAUAAUUAUCCCCCUAAGGCUCAACCACCUACUAUUCCUGAAGCAUUUAGAAUUCAUGCUAAAUAUUAUUCUAAGACUGUUGUUGGAACAUUGGAAAUUUACUCUUGCACUUUGUGUAAUGUGGAUUGUAAUGGACCUGAUGUUUUAUUAACUCAUUUCAAUGGAAAACAGCAUUUGAAAAAUGUUAAUAGAGAACAAAUUAAUGCUCAAUAUACAUCACCACCACCAACAAUAUCUUCAUAUUCCACAUAUACAUCACCACCACCCUCACAUCCAUCAUCAUCAGUACCUAGUGAGAAUUAUUCUAAAGGUACUUCUCCUCCUUUUGUUGACAAUGUUGAACAACCAUCAAUUCAACAAUUAAUUUCAGAGGGAGUUGUUACUAUACAAAGGAUUGGAAAACAGGAUGGUUAUAUUUGUACUGCUUGUGAUAUGUUUUGUAAUAGCGUGGAUGCUCUUCAAGAUCAUAUUAAGGGAAGAAAACAUAUUAAAUCCUAUGCAUCAUUUCUAGCUAAGAAUUUGGUUCAGCAACCUCAAACAAACCAGUUUAUUCCUAUUAAUCCUACAAUUUCUGAUGAGCCUGAGUUUGACGAAAGUAGGUCCGUUCAAAUAUUGGAAUAUUUUUGGAGUCAAACAUUUGGACAAAAUAUGAAACCUACAUAUAUUGAAACAUGCUACGGUCCAUCACAUAUUACAAGUUUUCGUUGUGAAAUUGAUCUGUCUGCUUUAAAACUUACUAAUCAAAUUGGAGAUGGAAAAACAAAAAAGGAAGCAAAAAAAAAUGCUUGUACAAAAUCAUGCAUUUCACUAGACCAAAUAGGGGCUCUCAAAAAAGCUAUACCUCCUUACCUUUACAAUCCUUUGUCAAAAAAAUAG